UGUGUGGGAGACAGACAAACAGUGUGGCCUGAUCCAGGUAGUGCGAGGAGAGGGACACUUCAUGCUUGUUGAAACGAUGCAUCAGAACUUGAUCCUCCCGGUGGUGGUGGCUGUUUCAGUGAUGGUAGUGACCCUGCUGUACUUCCUCCUGGGGGGACAGAAGAAGAAGCUGCCUGUCACUCUGCACGACCCUAUGGUUAAAUAUCCUCUUCCUCUGGUAGACAAACAGGAAAUCAACCAUGACACAAAGAAAUUUCGGUUUGGCCUUCCAUCUGCAAAUCAUAUCCUUGGCCUGCCAAUAGGUCAGCACGUGUACCUGUCGGCCAAGGUGAACGGCAGUCUGGUGGUCAGAGCCUACACUCCAGUAUCCAGGGAUGAGGACCAGGGACAUGUGGACCUUGUGCUCAAAGUGUACUACAAGAACAGCCACCCUUCCUUCCCAGAGGGGGGGAAGAUGUCUCAGUACCUGGACAACAUGUCCAUUGGAGACGUCAUUGACUUCAGGGGACCCAAUGGACUGCUUGUGUACAAGGGACAUGGUCACUUCUCCAUCCGACCAGACAAGAAGUCAGAGCCCAAAGUUCGGAAGUUCAAGCAUGUUGGAAUGGUUGCUGGGGGAACAGGUAUUACACCUAUGCUGCAACUAAUCCGCAGUAUCACUGCAGAUCCCACUGACGACACCACGUGCUCCCUCAUAUUUGCCAACCAGACUGAGAGAGACAUCCUACUGAGGGAGGAGCUGGAGGACGUGAAGAAGAAACACCCUGAUAAAUUGAAACUGUGGUUCACUCUGGACAAUCCUCCACAGGUGUGGAGCUACAGUUCCGGGUAUGUGACUGAUACCAUGAUGAAGGACCAUCUUCCUGCUCCAUCUGCUGAUGUCCUCGUUGUCCUGUGCGGUCCUCCACCAAUGAUCCAGAGGGCAUGUCUCCCAAAUCUGGACAAGAUUGGACACAGAACAGAAAACAUUUUUGCCUACUAAUGUUCUGAUGGUGCAACGGCUGUGUCUAUUUUUGGUUAAGUGAUCACCUCUCAAUGCUACGUUGUUUAACUAAGUGUGAUGUGUGAUUCCGGUGCAGAAGCAAACCCGUUUCUCUAAAUCAUCCCUUAAAAUCACUAUGACAAUUUCUAUGGGUACCCAUUUAGGAACUCUUUCAUUGCCUUUUGCACUACAUCAACAGUAGGGCUAUCUUUAAUAACAUACGUCUUUAGGCUAAAAUGGGAACUCACAUGAAAUAAAGAUGUAAAACAGCA